AUGGCAGUUCCUUAUCCCGACCUGGAGAGGCUGAGGAGACAAAACAUUUUGAACGCAAGCUCAGCUGUUCAAGGAGAGGAACUUGACCUAGGGAAGAAGAUCAGCAUUCCUCAAGACGUAAUGAUGGAGGAACUGAAACUGAUGUCUAACAGAGGCUCCAGAAUGUUUCACGAGCGGCUGAAGCGGGUUGAAAGGUUCACCGUGGAAAACGCAAACACACAGACUUGUUCUGAGCAGGAUGGUGCUCCGAGCAAAACAGGCCCAUAUGGUGACAAGGAGAACUGCAGCAGCCAGAUCGGCACCACUCAGCCGGGGAAGGACAGUCUGGUGAGCACACUGAAACAGACAGUAGCCAGGAAAGGAAACCCCAGUGUUCUUGCUCCAGGUUACUCGGGGCCGUUAACCGAGGUCCCCCACGAGAGGUUCAACGUCACCAUCAUCCCCAAGUCCUACUGCUCACCGUGGCGACAAGAGCGCAGGGACUGUGACACUGUGGUGGCAUCCAUCAGCGCCAACCUCCCCGAGCCGCCAUUCAAGCUCACACCGGCCAACUACAAAUGCUUCAACAGGUUAGUAUGCCAUUCAAGCUCACACCGGCCAACUACAAAUGCUUCAACAGGUUAGUAUGCCAUUCAAGCUCACACCGGCCAACUACAAAUGCUUCAACAGGUUAGUAUGCCAUUCAAGCUCACACCGGCCAACUACAAAUGCUUCAACAGGUUAGUACGCCUCAAGCUGUGCAGGCAAGUGUGCAUCCGGCCGUGGAAGUGGCUAGAGAGAGGGAGGCAGGGAGCUGUUGUUCUGCCACCCUUUGGAGGAGCCAGUGACCAGAAUAGUGAAGUCCGAGCCAGACUCUUAAGGACCUACUCGAAUCAAGGCACAGGGAUUGUAAGACGAUACUAUUCCAAAGCAAACAGUAUAUUUCACAAAAAAAGGCGUGAAACCCUAUGAUAAUAUUGCUUGGCCACAAGUUAACUUCUACUACUUUUUCACAAUCAUAAAAAAGGAUUCGAGAUCAUUAGAUUUAAUGGCUGCACCUGACAUUGGGCCUACUCAUUAGAACUGAGAUGAUAUGACAACCUUAUUAAAAGUUGACCACUAUUCACAUACAAUCAUUACAUUCUACUGCUGGUUUAAAACACCUCUUACCAUCAUUUUCAGCUUAUCCUCUCAGUUUUUUUCCUUGAGACUUUGGCUGCUUACACUCAAUAAAAGCCCACCCAAUAAAGCUAUCGGGAUCACUGAGAUGGUAACUAGGGAAGGCUUUCUGUCUGUUUCCCUUAGGGCUCCGACGCCUUUUGGAGGGACGGCAGGUAGUGUAAGGACAUUUCCCCUGCCAGGGUUCGAGCUCAAUCAGGCAUACACAGAGUCCAGCAUGACCUGGGAGCGCAUGUGUGACCGGCCCAACUUCA